GAAACAUCCAGGGAUAGCACGACAAUGACACAACUAUAUGGCGGUGCGAUCUCAAUUGUGGAACUCCCAUCCACAUUCAUUGACAUUUCUCAGUUCAGACAAGUCCCAGAUACCCAGGAGGUGUUUAUGAACCAAACACCAUCGGGCGAUGAGAAUGCCAAUUUUGACCAAUCACUUAUAUUUGACUUGCUUGAGCAAGUCAGUGGCAACGAUUUCGAUACGGUGAUGAGUGAACAUAUGGAGGAUAUCGCGGAUGUUAAAUGCAGGUUGAUUGAGCAUGUUGACAAUGGUGUCACGAGAUGGUAUAGUUAUGCGGCGUUGGAUAAGAAGGACGGCGUUAAUGUGCUUGGAUUGUUUUGCUUGAUUCGAUUAGAAAAUGUCAAGACGGAUGUGUUGAUACAGUAUUAUGUUCCUACUAAGGAGGAUAUCAGUGCCAUCGAUGUUACAAAGAGCGCGGAUCCUGUGAUUAAGGAGAGCUAUAGAGUUUUACGACAAAUUGGCGAUAGCUUUACCGUGAAUGAUUGGAGUUUGUUUGGUUGAGUAAGCUUCUGUUGGUUGCCUUGGCGGCAACUAUCUCGGUAUAAUUAUCUAGAUGAACAAGAAUGUAAUUCGGGUGUAAGUUUUAGACUUGCUUUAUAAUCAAUAUAUAUAGUAGCUUAAUUCCGCGCGGUCUUAAGGUUGCAAGCACAACCUAGCAUGUUGAAAUGGUGUCACUGGAGCUCAUUCACAAUGAAUAUUACACAAUACGCAUUACAAUUAAAAAAAAUAUUUCAGCCCUGGGAUUCAAACUUGGUAGCAUCCACAUUUUAACUUUAGUUAGUAAGCCCUGAGAACCAUC